UCGAUAAAAAAUGAUCGCUUGAAAAAUCAAAAUGUAGGUUACCUAACUCGAUCGAGCUGCCAUGAAGCUGUGAUAGAGGGAGGGAGGGAGACCCUGAAGCUGAAAACUUGAAAGUUUAAAGAGGAGGAGGGGUGGGGAGAAUCCGAGAAAGGAGGGGGAGAGGGAGAAGCGGCAGCUGUUAUCAAUCAGUGUGUAAGGCCUCAAGACAGGUAUGGGGGUUGUCGUGGCGUGUGGGAUUUUAUGCAUCACACCUUCUCUCAGACGCUCGAGAAUCUGUAGCGUUGGUCGCCAUGGAGUCGCCGUACCCAAGGUCUCACCUGCUUUCCCCUGUCUUCUGAAGCAAGCAUGGUGGGCUACUACCACUAGUAGCAUUAAAGAUUUAGCCGGCUCCUCCGGCUUUAGGCCUCCCUCUGCAAUUCCUCGCCCUUUCCAUGAGCAUCACGGCUUACUUUUGCAGGAUAUAGGAGCCACGGCGCUCGCCUUGGCAGGCGCUUAUUCUCUCGUUCUCGGGUUCGACAAACUCACCAAACGGAACAUUAUCCAACAGAGUUUGAGCAGAAAACUAGUCCAUAUAUUGUCGGGGUUUCUUUUCAUGUUUUCCUGGCCCCUGUUCAGCACCUCACCAGAAGCUCGAUAUUUUGCUGCUUUGGUUCCUCUUAUCAAUUGCAUAAGGCUAAUCAUCCAUGGCCUUUCUCUGGCCACUGACGAAGGUCUCAUAAAAUCUGUUACUCGAGAAGGAAACCCAGAGGAAUUGCUUAGAGGUCCCCUUUACUAUGUUUUGAUUUUGAUUUGUUGCGCGGUCAUCUUCUGGCGUGAUUCCCCAGUUGGAGUGAUUGUAUUAGCUAUGAUGUGUGGUGGGGAUGGGUUUGCUGAUAUUAUGGGGAGAAGAUUUGGCGCACUAAAAAUUCCAUAUAAUAUGAACAAGAGUUGGGUUGGGAGCAUCUCUAUGUUUCUAUCUGGGUUCUUGAUUUCUGUAGGGAUGCUAUACUACUUUUCUGGUCUGGGGUACUUUCAGUUGGAUUGGUCAUGGACAGUUGAAAGAGUAGCUUUAAUCUCGUUAGGUGCUACAGUUGUGGAAUCCCUUCCAACAACCAAAGUCGUUGAUGAUAACAUAUCUGUUCCUUUAUCAAGCAUGUUAAUGGCAUUUCUGCUUUUCAGUUAAUGUCUUCCUCACAUUGAGUUCCCGUUAUCAGCUGGUAUCCCCAGCUUUUUAACAAAAUCCUGUUUUGUAUUGAAGCAGAAUAUUGGUGUGCUUUGGAAAUACCAUUAGAAUCGUCAAGACGAAAGUGUUCUGAGGAAA